AUGGAUCCGGAUGAUUUACAAUUGAUUACAAAUCAAAAAAUUCCAGAUGUUGAUCAAUCGGAUCCGGUUCACAAGCCAGAAUCAAUGGAACUAGGGGCGAAAAUUAUAUAUUAUAACUUAAAUGACAAAAUAACUUCGGUAAAAAAAUGGAUUGAAAAAAAGCUAGAGAAUGAGUAUAUUCGUUAUUUUAAAUAUGAUGAAUUUAUAAUCGAUGAAGAAGAAAUUGGUAAAGGAAGGGAUAUCAGAAUUCCAAUGGUUCUUUCAAGUUAUUUUGGGAGACAUUUUGGUAAAGUUUCUUAUUUAUUUCUUCCAUCUUUUAACAAAUGGUUCUUAACAAUUCAUUUCUUUCUCUUUUUAGGCGGUUCUUUUGUAUUUCUUGUGACGAUCAGGCCUUUGGACGCAUGA